AUAGAGAGCCAAACGGCGCUCUUUAAAUUUUCUCUCUUCUCUCGCUCUCUCUUUCUCUCUCUUCAGAUAAUAUCAUAGUUUUCUUUUUUUUUUUCCUUUUUUAAUUUACAGUUUGGAAAGAAUAAUAUUUACAGUUGAAAGUACAACCAAUGGAAGCGUCCUCAAAAGACAGAUCCUCACAAGGUACAACCUUCCACAGCCACUUCCAACGAUCUCUCUCCCCAUCUGGCCGAUUUUGCUACUCUUCCAUCUCCACGUCAUCAGCCUCCACCUUCUCCACCCGACCCGAACCCGUUCUCGCCCGACCCACCAGCCCUACCCGUGUCAGCCUCGGCAGAUCCGUCUCCCCGUCCUCGUCGGUUCGGUUCUUCGCCUCUAGAAGACAACCAAUCGCCUCGCACCAUCAUCAGAAGCAGAGCCACCGAUCCUUGAAUUCGGGUCCGAAGAAGACGUGCAUGUGUUCCCCCACGACGCACCCAGGGUCCUUCCGGUGCAGCCUUCACAAGAACAGUAUAGUCCCGGGGUACGGUACCGGCAACCAUACGUCGUCUUCGUCGUCGUAUCGAUCCAGUCAUCAUCUGAAUAUGCGGCGAUCGGCGAUGACCAACUCCUUGGUCCGAAUCGGAACAGUUGAAGGGGAUUUGGUGAAGAGAGCCCUAGCGGCGCUGAUUCGCCCGUCCUCGCAUAGCUUGCGCCGGCGAGCUGACUUCCAGCCCCGCCCUAGCCGACUCUCAGUGAUGUCAAAAGCCGAAGACUUAUAGCGAAUUCCAUAGGCGUGAAGGUUUCGGUUCCGCCCCUUUGUCCCCAUGUACAGGAUUGACUCAGUGAGUUGACACACCGAGUCGGACUCGGGCGGUUUAGCCGAUUUUUAUGGCUAUGGAGAUUUUGAUUUCAGAAACAAAAAAAAAAAAAAAGAAAAGAAAGAAAGAGAAACCCUUUACGAGUUCCGAUGUAGCAGAAGUAAAGAACUCGAGCGGUUUUCAGAUUUUCAAUUUUUUGGUUUCUUGAUUUUGUUGUUGAAUGAGUAUAUGAUGAAUAGCGGAUGUUUACCACAUACUCUAUUUGAUACAGAGAUGAGUAUUAAAUUUGAGAUAUAGAUUUAGAUAUGCUGAUUUGAAACAAAUUCUGCCAUUAUUUUCUGGCGAUUUGGGGAUCAGAAUUUUGAUAUUUCAAUCUUUUGUUGGGAUUGGGAUGGGGAUGGAUGGUGUGAUGAUGUUCAUCUGCCAUUCUAAAGUGUACAUAGCAUAUGUGUUUUCCCAACUUUUUUGCAGGGGAAACUUUUGAUAUGAAAAUUUUCAUUUUUAAUCUGCUUUCUUAA